AUGUUGUCAAUAUUGAGAAAAGCUCGUCUCAAGGACAAGGAGAUGCGGAUAUUGAUGUUAGGCCUAGAUAAUGCGGGCAAGACGACAAUCGUCAAGAAGAUCAUGGGAGAGGAUGUCAAUACGGUCAGCCCGACCUUGGGUUUCAUCAUUAAAACAAUUGAUUACGAUGGGCACAAAGCUAACGGAUGUUUAGGGGAUGUGGGAGGGCAGAAAACCCUCAGGUCAUACUGGAGGAACUACUUUGAAAAGACGGACGCCUUGAUAUGGGUCGUCGACUCUACGGACCGGCUGCGGAUCGAUGACUGCCGCGUUGAGCUGCAGGGACUUCUGCAGGAAGAGCGACUGGCUGGUGCCAGUUUGUUAGUAUUCGCCAACAAGACGGACGUCGAGGGCUGCAUGGAUGAGCAGGAGAUCUUAUCGGCUCUCGAAUUGGAAAACGUCAGAACACAUCACUGGCAUGUGCUACAGUGCAGCGCGAUGACUGGGAGAAACCUCAAGGAGGGCCUGGCAUGGGUUGUUGAGGAUGCGAAGAAGAGAUUGUUUCUUUACUAA